GGGGGGCGUGUCCCGAGCGGAGCCCCGCCGGUGGGCGCGGGGGCCCGGCCGGUACCGGGAUGGGGCUGCCGGCGGCGCUCCGGGACCAGGUGGCCGCGGUGCACCGGGGCUCGGCGCUACCCGAGCGGCUGCGGCUCUACGACGGCUGGGCCGCCCGCUACGAGCAGGAUGUGGCGGCUCUGGAGUACCGGGCACCGCAUCUCGCCGCCGCCUCCCUCUCCUUCGCUUUCCCCGCGCCGCGCGCCGAGGCGCGGCUGCUGGACGUGGCCUGUGGCACCGGGCUCGUAGCGCGGGAGCUCCACCGGCGCGGGUUCCGCUGCCUGCACGGCGUGGACGGCAGCGCGGGGAUGCUGGAGCAGGCGCGGAGCACCGGGCUCUACCAGGAGCUGCGGCUCUGCGUCCUGGGCACGGAGCCGCUGCCCGCGCCCGCAGAGCACUACGACGCCGUGACGGUGGUGGGGGCCCUGGGCGAGGGGCAAGUGUCGAGCACGGUGCUGCCGGAGCUGCUGCGGGUCACCAAGCCGGGCGGUUUCCUGUGCCUGACGACGAGGAGCAACCCCUCGAACCUGCGGUACAAGGCAGAGCUGGAGGCGGCGAUGGGGCAGCUGGAGUGGAGCGGAGCCUGGCAGAAGCUGCUGGCCCAGGAGGUGGAAUACUGGGAGAGGGCCACCACCGAGGAGGAGAGCACCCAGGGCACCGGCUACAUCUCCGGGGUGGUCUACAUCUACCAGAAGUGCCCUGUGCCGCACCUGGAGGAAGGCUGAGAGCCAGCAUGGCUCUGGAGAUGGGGUGAGCACUGGGCCCCUUAUAAAACUGAGCCCAGUGACCCCCUCCUGGAGCAGGGCAGGGGGAGUUUUUUGGGGGGAGUUUCCCCAUUCCCUUUCUUGGUUCCUUCUCCCCCAAGUCUGGGCUUGGGGCCAUUGUCUUCUCCUCGGCAUGGGGAGGGUCUCCUGGAUUUGCCAGGGUCACCUGGGCACCACCUUUAGCUCUGACAUUCAGGCAUUGUCCCCAGCACCUCAGCGCUCACCAUGACAUCUCACAGACCCACAUGGCUGCUUUCCAAGGCAUGUCCAGUCCAGGAUGUCUUCUCCCCACCUCACCCACCUCAGCACUCAUGGUCAAAAUCUGGAUCCUCCUUCAUCUCCCACCCCCAGAGUCUUUACCUGGGGACUGUUAGGGGUGGGUCCCCAUCACUGUGUGCUGUGGCUUCCCAUCCUCAUCCUUCCCAGGGCUGAACCCAGCCCUGAGGUGCAGGAGCCUCCACAUCCAGAGCCGGAGCAGCAAUGCCGAGGUGGCUCCCAGCUGGAGAGGCUUUCCAAGUGCCACAUCCGCCUUUCAUCCCACAACAGCUGCUGGAAUCUCUCAUUUUCCCACAGCUUUGUAGUUAAUGGUCUGGGUGGAAAAUGAGUUUGGAAGGGAUUUCGGGAGCUGGUGGCUGCUCCCCACCCAGCACUGCCUGCCCAGCCUGUUCCCCCAGCCCCUUGCUGGGCUGCCUCCACAAUUCCUCCUCCACUGCUCCCUUGGGAAGUUUUUUACCUAAAUUUCUUGCUAGAAUAUUUGGGCUUUUUUCAUUUUUCCCUUCCCUCAGACCUGUUCCUGCUCAUCCUGUUCCCAUGGUCCUGGGAACAGGUUGCAUCCUUCCCCUCAGGAGCUCUUCCCCAAUGUGAGGCAAUGGCUGUGUCUGUCCCUGUCCCUCACCCAGGGCAUCCCACAUCUUCCACACUCACCCUCCCCAUGGCUCUUGUCACCCUUGUGCUUUGUCCCCUGUGUCCUUGUGCCCAUCCGUAGCUGCCCUACUUCUCCCUCCCCAUUGUCCCCUGAGCAGCCAGGGGUUGUGGCUGUCCCCAGCCCUGCACUUGCCUGUUCAAUAAACCCUGUCCCUGCUGUC